CUGGCACUCACGCUCGGUUGCGAGGGUAAGUCAGCGUCGGGUGGGAUUCCUCGGCUCGCGUUUGACAGGUUAAUGUGGCCCGUCCGCUCAAAUACAACGAUUUAAUCUCGUGUUACCUGUAACGGGACGCGCGUGCUGGUGGCGCGCGCGCGAGACACUCUAUUUGCCCGGAGCGCCUCGACAGCGAUAUCUUCUCAUGCCGUGGCUUGGAUUGGACAACGCAUUUGAUGUUUGGACAGAUUUCCAGACCUUCGAGAUAAAGAGUGAAAGAAACCGCUUGGAUCCAGAGCCACUGGGUGUUUCCGAAGGCGCCUCGUUCCUCUUGGAUGCCACCGCUGGAAGUUCUCCGCAACCUGGAUCGUGCCGCUUUCCCCUCUCCCGUGGAAUGGCUUUUUGGGGAACCCUACUUCUUCUGAAAUUGCAGUCCAGCUUGGAGUGAUUUGUACUUCUUCUUUUGGUUUGCCAUAUUUUGGGUUUUUUUUUUUUUUUUUUUUUUUUGUUCCCCCCCCCCCUCGCUCUGAAACCAUGGAUCAGCAGAACCAGGCGAGUGGCGGAGAGGAUCCCAACAAGCCCCCGAGAAGAAAGCCCAAUGAGGAUGAGAGCAAGAAUAAGAAACUGAACAUACACAUAAAAACAUUGGCUGAUGAUAUGCGAGACCGGAUCACCAGUUUUCGCAAGACGGGCAUGAAAAAGGAGAAGCCCCUCAUCCAGCACCCGACGGACCCUCAGUCGGCGCAGACGGAGAUGCCUGUUCCUCAGCCGCUCUUCGAUGACCGCUCCAUGAACCUCUCAGAGAAGGAGAUUGUGGACCUCUUUGAGAAGAUGAUGGAGGACAUGAAUCUGAACGAGGAGCGAAAGGCACCGCUGCGAGGGAAGGAUCUGAGCACCAAACGAGAGAUGGUCGUCCAGUAUAUUUCAGCCACCGCUAAAUCUAUAACUGGGAGCAAAGUUGCGGGCGGCCUAAGGAACAGCAAGCAUGAGUGUACGCUGUCAUCGCAGGAGUAUGUCCACGAGCUGCGCUCCGGCAUUACUGAUGAAAAGCUCCUCAACUGCCUGGAAUCCCUGCGGGUAUCCCUCACGAGCAACCCGGUCAGCUGGGUGAAUAACUUUGGCCAUGAGGGACUGGGGCUGCUGCUGGAUGCCUUGGAGAAGCUGCUGGACAAGAAACAACAGGAGAACAUUGACAAAAAGAACCAGCACAAGCUCAUUCAAUGUCUCAAGGCCUUCAUGAACAACAAGUAUGGGCUGCAAAGGAUCCUGGGAGAUGAACGGAGUCUCCUGCUCCUGGCCAGAGCCAUCGACCCCAAGCAGACCAGCAUGAUGACAGAGAUUGUCAAGAUCCUGUCGGCCGUCUGCAUCAUUGGCGAGGAGAACACCCUGGAUAAGAUCCUGGCAGCCAUGACAAUCGCGGCAGAGCGGAACAACAGGGAGAGAUUUGCCUGCAUCGUGGAAGGCCUGGAGAACCACGAAGCCCAGCAGCUGCAGGUGGCGUGUAUGCAGCUGAUCAACGCCCUGCUCACUUCUCCAGAUGACCUGGACUUCCGGAUACACCUGCGCAAUGAGUUCCUUCGCUGUGGCCUCAAAAAAAUCCUACCGGAGUUGAAGGAAACGGAAGAGCUGGACAUCCAGCUGAAGGUCUUCAAUGAGAACAAGGAUGAGGACUUCCUGGAGCUGUCUCACCGGCUUGAGGACAUUCGGGCUGAAAUGGAUGACAUGGACGAGGUGUACCACCUUCUCUCCAACAUGGUUAGGGAUACAGCAUCAGAGAACUACUUCCUGUCGAUCUUGCAGCACCUCCUCCUCAUCAGGAAUGACUACUACAUCAGGCCACAGUAUUACAAGGUCAUCGAGGAAUGUGUCGCCCAAGUGGUCCUCCACAGGAGUGGCAUGGACCCCGACUUUGGCUACCGGGAGCGGCUCGAUGUGGACUUCACCCACCUCAUUGAUCAGUGCGUGGACAAAGCGAAGGUGGAGGAGAGCGAACAGAAGGCCUUGGAGUUUUCCAAGAAGUUUGACGAGGAGUUCAGUGCUCGCCAGGAGGCCCAGGCUGAACUCCGGAAGCAGGAGGAGAAGAUCAAGGAGCUGGAGGCACAGAUCAACACGCUGCAAGCCCAGUUAACUAGCGAAAGACACAAGCUGAAAGAAGCCCAGAGGCUGAUCAGCGAAGCGGAGGCCAAGGUGGCGGUCGGUUCAGCAGCAGCAGGAGUGCCUCCUCCGCCGCCAGCCCCAGGUGGCGCUGUCCCUCCACCGCCCCCGCCUCCACCUCCACCCCCACCGCCCCCUGGAGGUUGCCCCCCACCUCCUCCCCCUCCCCCGAUGCCUUGUUCCAUUCCACCCCCACCUCCUCCUCCUCCAGGGUUUGGGCCACCACCACCACCUCCUCCCCCCAGCGGUGGACCCCUGCCACCUCCCCCGCCUUUCCUAGGGGGUCCCGGCCUCCCGCCCCCUUUAGCACCAGCGGCUGUUAAGCUGCCGUACGGACUGGAGCCCAAGAAAACCUACAAGCCUGAAGUAGUGAUGAGGAGAGUCAACUGGUCCAAGAUCGUACCUCAGGAGAUGGCGGAAAACUGCUUCUGGAUCAAAGUCAAGGAGGAGAAGCUCGAGAGCGCCGACCUCUUUGCCCAGCUGGCCCUCAACUUCUCCACGAAAUCCCAAGCGAAGAAGGACAUGGACGAGACGGACGACCGCAAAGUGGCGCAGUUCAAGAAGAAGGCGAAGGAGCUGCGGAUCCUGGAUGCCAAGACGGCGCAGAAUCUGUCCAUUUUCUUGGGCUCCUUCCGGCUGCCGUAUGAGGAGAUUCGCGACAUCGUGUUGGAGGUGGACGAACAGCGGCUCAGCGAGGCUCUGAUCCAGAACCUGAUCAAGAACCUGCCGGAGCAGAAGGAGCUAAACGCACUGGCGGAGCUCAGGAACGAGUACGAUGCGUUGUGCGAGUCGGAGCAGUUUGCCAUCGUGAUGAGCUCCGUUAAGAUGCUGCGAUCACGGCUGAACGGCAUUCUCUUCAAGCUCACCUUUGAGGAGCAGGUCAACAACAUCCGGCCAGAGAUCAUGAACGUGACCUUCGCCUGCGAGGAGGUGAAGAAGAGCGAAGGCUUCAGCCGGCUGCUGGAGCUGGUGCUGCUGGUCGGGAACUUCAUGAAUGCUGGUUCGCGCAAUGCCCAGAGCUUUGGAUUUAACAUCAGUUUCCUGUGCAAGCUUCGGGACACAAAAUCCACAGACCAAAACAUGACACUGCUGCACUUCCUGGCAGAGAAGUGCGAGGAGAAGUUCCCGGAGAUCAUGAAGUUCCCCGAUGACCUCACACACGUUGAGAAUGCUAGCAAAGUGUCGGCGCAGAUCUUGAAGGCCAAUCUGGACUCGAUGGAGAGGCACAUCCAGCGGCUGGAGAAUGACAUCAAGAACUUCCCCAAGACGGAGGAGGAGCACGAUAAGUUUGUGGAGAAGAUGUCCGGCUUCGCCCGGCAGUCGCGGGAACAGUACGAGAAGCUCUCCACCAUGCACAAGAACAUGCAGAAGCUCUACGAGAGUCUGGGCAGCUACCUCGCCUUCGACGCCCACUCUGUCAGCGUCGAGGACUUCUUCGGGGACCUGGCCAACUUCCGCAACCUCUUCUUGGAUGCUGUGAAGGAGAACCACAAGAAGAGGGAGAUGGAGGAGAAGGUGAAGAGAGCCAAGGUGGCCAAGGAGAAGGCGGAGCGCGAGAAGCUGGAGCGGCAGCAGAAGAAGAAGCAACUGAUUGACAUGAACAAAGAGGGAGACGAGACGGGGGUCAUGGACAGUCUGAUGGAGGCGCUGCAGUCCGGAGCCGCCUUCAGGGACAGGAGGAAGCGGACGCCGCGCAACGGUGAUCAAAGCCCCUCCAGUCCAGGCUCUCGGUGGCCGGGUGCUCACCAUGCUGGAACAGACAACCGCCGCAUAGGCUUGGAAAGGUCUCGCUCCCGUCACAACGGAAACGCUUCGGGCCGGUGAUCGCAGCCCGUCCCUGGCAGCCCCGCUUACCUCCAAGAGAACAGCUCGACAAGUGCCAAAGACAGCGUGGAAGGUGACACCUGGAGGAAGGGCCCGCCGGUUCGACGGAUGUCGCGAGGGGCUGACAAAAACACGCAGGGGCCCGGAAGCCUGCGCUGAACACCAAACGGGAGGCACGUCUGGGAGACCAUCCGCUGGUCAUACGUCUUAAGCCUUACGUAUUUAUUUGCUUCUCCGUGGCUUUACCUACAAUGGACGUUUUUCAUUAGGACUUUGUUUCUAGUCUCUUUCUGCUUUUUUAUUUGCUUACUUUUUGCCCGGUCUCUUCGUUUGGUCUCAUUCCAGCUCGGUUCCUGGUGGUUAGCAGGUCUUCGUGCGGUUUUGAGUUUUCAAGUUGAAGCGCUUUGUUUUCACAGUAAAACGUGAGCAGCUUUCGCAAAGGGGAGAGACCUCCCACCUGGAGACCAAGUGGGUUUUAUUCUUAGCAGUCGUACCGUUGUGUUAGACUCAACGCUUUAGCAAAACCGUCACCUCCCAUUGAUUUUACUGCCACCAGGCUCAUCCUUUCAGAAGGUCCUGCAGUUUCAUACAUCGACAUGUUUGUUUCCUCAGCUGAGUUUCCAUGGAGUCCUGCGGUAUCCAGUGUACAUAUCAUACAUGUAUGUAUCUGCACUGAAAUGCAACCUGUUAAUGAUCAUACUAGUGACCUUCAUAUGCUGUGUAAAACAAGACUCUCAGUGCGUUGGUUGCUUUAAGGUAUAUCUGCUACCUUAGGGGGUAUUGGCUGCCCAAACAGUUUGGCACGGUUUUUGCUCCUAUGAAAUAAGAAAAAAAAGAGAAUGAAUGUGAGCUGACAACCUGAGAUGGAUUCACUUCCGUGCCAAGCUUCUUCAGACUUCUUCACAGAGUGUGGAAGAUGACAUCCGGCUCUUGGAGUCGUUCAGCCCGGAGCGCAGCGUCCAUUGCGUUGUAAGGAAAUUGACGAGACGCGGAAGGAUAUUGCAGAGUCAUGUCUGUCAUCGUUUUUUUUUUUCCUCCACGCAACGAAAACACCGACCAAUUGCCUUUAAAUUCUCCCGCUUUGGUCACUCGGACCGCCGGCACCAGGGCUUCUCACGGCAGACGGCGCCGCUUCUUGAAAGUCACCCCGUCCAUUGAGCAGCCGCAGCCUGCUGGAAACCUCUGCGGUGAACAUGGACAUGAGAAGAAGAAACGGAAACGAGGGAAUGAUUCCAGGCCGAUUCCAAAGCCCCGCGUUACCCGGGUGCGUCUUUUUCUGUCCUCGGCAAGCGGCGAUGUGUAGAGCCGGUGCGCGGCAGCACAGAUGGACAUCUCCAAAACACACUCUUCUCCGCAACGCGCGUGCGCUCGCGUCACGCGUUUUCGGUGCUAGCGCCAAGUCGCGCGGGCCUCUGCCCGAGCGGCACUCGCCGCGGAACCUCUGCGCCUCGGAACGGAGGAGGCUCCUCCUGGCAGAUGUUUUAUGGGGAAGGUUCGGAAAACAUUUCGCCGUUACCGUUAGCAGCUCGCCCUGGCGCUGGGGGUCCGCUCGCGCUUAACUUAGACAAGUUUUAUUAAUGGGAUUUGACUUUAUGUUUAUUUGUCUCAAGACUGCCUUUUGUUGCUUUGCGAAGCUGAUCCUUUCGAGAGGAAGAUAAAUUAACUGUGCCGACGUGCACCACCACCAUUGAGCUCAGCAGCCCACAGCGAAAUACAAUAAGCAAUUUUAGAGGAGCGAGUUUUCCAUAUGUCUUGAAAUUUCUGCAGCGGAUUUGAUAUCUCUCUCUCUCUCCUCGAAAAUGGGGCUGAGACCAUUAGGAGCAGUAUCGCGAGACGGUCCUACGCGGGAGGGAGAGCAGACGCAUCGCAGCGCUGCUGCGGCUGCUUUUGUCCCCGUGCCCACCGCCGACACCACCGGGUUCGAGUCCCCGCGCCCGUCCUCUCUGUGUCGAGACCCAUCCGCAUCAGCGGGGCAGGAUGGCGAGAGCGUGACGAAAAGCACAUUUUAAGAACGUCUCGCUUCCUUCUGAAGGCUCCGUUUGUCAUCGUGAGGCGCGUUCGCCCUGGUGCGGUCGAGGCCUCGACGAAAGCGGAAGCGUGCAUCUCAGUCAGUCGUUGAAACUUCAGCUGCUACAAUGCAAACAAAGUUGCCACAAUGGGCCUUACAGCACAUGUCCGUGGGGGGUCUAAAAGCUGAGUGAAAACUCAUAGCCAAGAAGGUCAAUACAAGUGAAACUAUAACUGAAGAUGAAGACACGUGCUUAGCAGGGCGUGUGUUCCAUUAUAUGCAAAGUUGAUGUCCGAUAGCUUGAUUUGCAAAGGAUUUGACUGAAAUAAAAAAUGAGGGGAUUAUUAUUAUUAUUAUUAUUAUUAUUAUUAUCGUCAUCGCUGUACCUGAUUUAAGCUUUGCUUACAACAAAAAGUUAAUAUGUGGGAAAUUCCAAAGUAUUUAGUAAUUUUAAUAUUCAUUUCCAAGUUGAAGAUUACUGUUUUUUCCAGGAUCUCUGCUUUGUGUUAUACAUUGAAAACGGACACUAUUUUUAUUGUUUUUAUCGCUAAGUGUUUUGUUGUGAUGCAGAUGUGUGCCGUGUGUUUUCUGAGAAGAGCUGCAGCGUUCGAAACUGACACGUCCUUUUGUAACGACAUCCAACACGUCCACCGCGGACAGGCCAGGGGUGUCGCUCUGUGUUUCUGAUUCUCUUCUUAAUUUUCUGUCCCGAAUGCUUACAUCUAAUGGGGGACAAAUAGGUAAAUCACAGGAACAUCCUCAUACCUAAAUUGUUUAAAACAAGCGAACAAUUAAUCUGUAGGAAACUGCAGCAAAGUGCCAUUUCUGGGCCCUCGUUUCACUUUGGAGGUGCAGCCGCAUUUCCCAUGGUGCACUUUAUCCGCUACGCUCGCGUAGCGCGGACGCUUCGUUUGAGGUUUCCGCCCCUUCGCCGCCGUGGCGACCGGGGACGACCGGGGACGACCGGGGACGCACGCGGCCUGCCUUUCGGUCGGGCUGUCGCCGUGCUCUCCUGCGUUCCGCGGUUGCCUUUCUCUUUUGGUUCCGCCUUCACAGGAAAUGGGCGAAGAGAAGAAAAACACUGAGAGCGAACAGUUGGUUCGGUCGCACCGGCACUUUUCAGCUGUCACAACUCCGCUGUCCGCCAUCUUGUUACGAUACGAGAGCAUAUCAUAUUGUCUCGAAAUUUCAAUUUGUAAAAUCUUUUUUUGACAUAACUCCGAAAGAAAACCGGGUUAUGCUCACUGUUUCCUAGUAGACUCUGUAAUGGAUUAUCAAACUAAAUAAUAACCACUUUGUUAUAUAAA